GCACUAUGUCGUGCGCCGAAGGGUAGAAACCCUAUCCGCACUACAAAAGUCGUGCCGGCAAGGCAUCGUAUGGUAUGCGCACUACGACCCCGGAAAGAAGCGAAAGUAGUGCGAAUAACAUAAUGUUUUUACAGCGCACUAUUAGUGUUCAUUUUAACGCUUCUGAUAUACGCCCUACAACUUAAAUUAAUGCCUACAAACGUCUCCGAUGCUUCGGUUUAUUAUUUUAAUGCGAAACAGUGGUUAUUUACUCGUUCGUUCAUGUCAGAUAAGUAUUUUUCCUUGUGUUAUUGCUUUCAUAGGUACCUAACCUCCGUGUUUCUAUUGGGAAAAUGUAAAACAACUUUCUUUUGUAGUUUUUUUUCUUGUUCGUAGGUUUCUUCACCUAUUCUGAUAUUUGAAACGUUAAGCGUUUUCCUAGUUCUUCGUUUCCGGUGUGACACGUUUCUCGGACGUUGGGAGUGUGGUGAAAGCAGUAUUUCAAAGAUGCAGGAAAAUGACUGGAAGCCUUGUCUCCAGCAGAUUUCAAUUCAUUUUCUGAGUUCGAAGCUCUGCUCAAUGCCUACUCUGAAAGGACUAUGACUGUGUGGGUAAUCAAGCACUCCAGAGCGGUUGAAACAGAGAACAAGCUCUUGCAAGCCCUCAAUAAGGAAUUAAUCAAUCCUGAUAUUAAGUAUAAGUAUCUUACAUAUACUUGCAAGUCUGGGGGCAAACCCAGAAUUGGCAGUGGAAAUGGUAUACGAGUGAAUCAAAGUACUUUCAAAACAGGUUGCCCUGCCAGAAUAGGUUUAAAAUAUGUCAAGGAUACUAAGAAACUAGUGGUAUCAGAGGUUAAUUUAAAACAUUCUCAUCCUGUUACUGCAAACAUUAAAUCUUGCUACCCAGAGGGCAGGCGACUCGACAAGGAACAGAGUCAAACUGUUGAAAAUCUCCUGAAAGCCAAGGUGAAGCCCACUAUGAUUAGAAACCUACUUGCUGGUCAGACUUCAACUAAAGUUACGACAAGGGACAUUGCUAAUGCAAGGGCAAGAAUGAAGAAAGCAGCGCUGGGUGGCCUAACAGAAGAAGAGAAGUUACUGGAUGUCCUUCAAGAACUAGUGGACGAGGACCCUGGGGCCAACAUCCACGUAGGGCAAGACAAAGAGGACAACAUGGAAUUUUUAUUCUUCCAAACCUCUGAAAUGAAGGAGAACAUGGCGAAGUAUCCGUCUGUCACGAUCAUGGACACUACCUAUAAGAUUAACAAAAAUCAAAUGCCCGUGGUAGUGUUCAUGGUCAUGGAUGGACAUGGCGCUGGUCGGGUGGGGGGCUAUGCCUUUGUAGCUAAUGAGCUGAAGGUUACCCUGAAGAAAGUGCUGGAGUGCCUUAAACAGUCACUUGGAAAUGACACAGUCCAAAAAAUGAAAGUGGUUGUGGUGGACAAGGACUAUUCCGAAAUAGGGGCAUUGAGAGAGGUCUUUCCACACUGCAGCAUACAGCUGUGCGACUUUCAUGUUUCAAAAACAUUUAAAAAAAAAACUAGUGAAUUGCAUGAACCUCCAGUUGUACUUGAAAUCCUAACAAAGUUAAGAUAUUGCACAAAUAAUGAAAAGUUUGAAGAAUUAGUGACAGAAUUCAAGGCAGUUGCUAGUGAUGCUAUGAUUAAGUACUUUGACGAGAAUUGGCUAACAAUUAGUGAGGGUUGGUCAUCCAGAGAUCGUCACGACAGUUUGGGCAACACCACAUCUAAUAGAGUCGAAAACCAUAAUGGAGUAAUAAAACUGGUUCUUGAUCAAGAUAAUGCUUUGUGGGAAGCAAUCAAAGGCCUUACUGAUCUCUUCAGGAACAAACAAGAAGAUGUGAUGUUCAGGGAUACUACUGAAAGUAUCAAAAGACAAUACAUAAUUGGAAACACAGACCCUGUUCUGGGAAAAAUUGUCUCAGAAUUCACCAAGUUUGCAGCCAAUUACAUGAGAGACCAGUAUAAACUAUCAGAAAAAGUGGAAGAAAGUUCCAUUCAUGACCAUCAAUCCACCACAACUUACUGCGCAUGUGUCACUCGGUUGUCCUUCAGACUUCCCUGCCGACACAUAAUGCACUUGCGGCUGAAAGAAGGAUUACCCCUGUAUGAAAGGGGUGAAAUAGACCCUAUGUGGCUGCAAGAAUCAGUCGAUGUACCUGUAACACAGGCAUGCUCUCCUGGUGUUGUAGUUGCACACAGAAUGCCAGCUAGGAUUGUGCCCACUAAUAGCCAGCAGAGGUUCACAGUUGCAAUGGACAUUGCCAAAAAACUGUGCAAUGUUCUAGCAGAAUGUGGCACGAGUCAGUAUGCCCACCGCCAUCAGCAACUGAAAGAUCUACUAGAAAUGUGGACCAAAGGGAAGGAGAUUGCUAUUCUUGAAGUUGUUGCAGGCUCCAAUGGUACUCACAGUGUCAUCACAAAUGGGGCUGCUCAGAACCUUGGUCAGGGGGACAAGAUUGAGAUUGUUAUUGCUGAAGACGAGGUGGUUGAAGAACAGGUGGUUCAAGAACAGGUAGUUCAAGAAAAGGCGGCUGAAGAACAGGUGGUUGUACAACAGACCAUUGAAGACCAGACUAUGACUGAUACUGCGAUGAUGGCCAAUCGGACUGUUGUUCAGGAAAGGGCAGACUGUUUCUCCAGCACUGUGCAAGAGAAUUUGAAUAGACUAACAGAGACACUGCCACCUUUGUGCAAAUGCAGACGUCCCACCAAAAGGUUGACUGUUGUAAAAGAAGGCAUUAACAAAGGCCGCAUGUUUUAUUGCUGUAAUCGUCCUAAAGAACAGCAGUGUGGCUUUUUUCAAUGGAUUGGCAAGAUAAAAGUGCCCAGAGCCAUUUCACACAACAGUGUUCGAAAUGAAUCUGUUGAUUUGGAUGAUAUCACUUCUCAGCAAGUUACUAAAGUAGUAACGUAUGCUACCGUCCACCACAAUGUUGGCAAUCAAUCUGUAAAGAAGAAUGACUCUUCAACAUUAUGGGAAGAUAAUGAUGGUAAUGAUGAAAUGCUCUCCUUACUUGUGGAUCAAAUAGAUGAAGAAGAAUCGCAAAGCAGUCAAGAUCAAGAAGUACAAAAUAGUAAUGAACCAGAUAAAAAAAACAAUGAAGAAUUUGAAAGUGAUGAAGAAUCUAUUGAAGAAAUAAUUCUUGAAGAAGAACAGGAGGCAUCAUCUGCAUCAUUAUGUAUUAGGAAUUUGGUUCCCACACUGAAGUUGCCUACAACCAUCAGACAUAAGGGAAGGCCGAGAGGCUUAGGAAAAACAACUAAUUAUUAUCAACGCAAAAUUAAGGGGAAAAGUCAAAUUUCAUGUCCUUCUGCCAAGAAAGAACAUCAGCUAUUAGUAAGGACAAAUAACAGCAAAGAGAUCAGCUCCAAAGAUGUAUAUAAAAAAAACCCUGGACUGUGGGAAGUGAAAUCACAAAGCAACCCUAAUUCUGUCUACUCCAUCAACGUUCAUCAGAACACCUAUUCAUGCUCUUGUCCAGACAGGUUCCGCCCUUGCAAGCAUAUCCUGAAGAUCCAGGAUAUGAUUGCAAAUGAAAUGAGUGGAGGUAUCCGUUUUAUUUUUGCUAUCAUCAUGAAUGGUGUAAAUAUUCUCUAGCAGGUUCAGUGCAGGUAGUUUGGUAAAGAUCAUAAUCAGUAGGAUCUUUUCAAUGUAGUGGGCCUCAGUGCUUCUUGCUUUUAUGAUUUUAACUAACAUGAGCUUUGCGCAGUAUUCCCUAUCUAGUAACUAACAUGGGAUAAUUUGGCACAUGAACCAGGUAUUUUUUGUUCUAGCCUUAAUUCUGCCUUGGAAAACUAUCAGAAAGG